AUGGUGCUGUUUCGGAAUAAGAAGUUACCCGAUGGAAUUGUCGAUGUCUUUGAAAGAAUAUACGUCUUUGACUCCUGUUUCAGAACGGAAACCUGGGAACAAGAAGAAUACAAACGCUACAUGAGGAGAAUCAUAACUCAAUUAAAAGAAAUUAACCCUCAAUUUUCACCUAUGAUUAUGAAUUUACGAGAAGGAAAUACAAUAAACAAGAUCCACCAAGUUUUAGCAGACGACUAUCUUACUAUAAUGGACUACCCUCGGGACUAUGAAGGUUGCCCUGUGCUCACAAUAGAAGUGAUCCGCCAUUUUCUAAAAUCAAGUGAAAGCUGGCUCUCAUUUAGACAACAUAACAUUGUGCUAAUGCACAGUGAGCUUGGUGGUUGGCCUGUGUUGUCUUUCAUGUUGGCUGCUCUUUUACUUGACAGAAAACAUUUCACUUCUGAAAGUAGGGCUCUUGAGAUGGUUCUCAAACAGGCCCCAUCUCAGAAGUUACCCCUGAUGACCGGAUUGGAUCCUACUGCUUCUCAGUUGAGGUACUUACAGUAUGUGUCAAAGAGGAAUGCUGAUGAACAAUGGCCUCCACCAGAUAAAGCACUUAAAUUAGCUUGUGUGAUAAUCAGAAUGAUUCCUGAUUUUGAUGGAAAAGGAGGUUGUUGCCCUGUAUUUAGAAUUUAUGGACGAGAUCCGUUGUUACAAAUUGAUAAAAUCUCUAAACUUUUAUUCUCAACCCCAAGGAGGAGUAAGAAUGUCCGGUCUUACAAUCAGGCAGAAAAUGAGCUGGUUAAAAUUGAUAUUAAUUGCAAUAUUCAAGGCGACGUUGUGUUGGAGUGCAUUAACUUAACUGAUGAUCUCCUGAAGGAGACCGUUAUGUAUCGUACCAUUUUCAACACAGCAUUCAUCAAAUCGAAUACUUUGAUAAUGAGUCGUGAGGAAGUCGACAUAUCUUGGGAUAAAAAGCAUCAAUUUCCUAGGGACUUCAAAGCUGAGCUUCUUUUCUCGGAAAUGGAUCCAGAAGCUUCUAAGGUCCCAGUAGAUUUUUCUAGUUUUGAAGAUGCAGGGAUCCCAGCAGACGCAUUUGAUAAAGUUCAAGAUUUGUUUAGCAUUUGUCCUCCACAACCUCCUCCUGGUUGUGGAGGAGGAGGACCUCCUCCACCACCACCGCCAACACCUAAACCACCACCAGCACCACAUAAAUCAGGUUCACCACCACUGUGUCCAGUUAACGGAAACAAAGAAGGCAGUGCAGGUCCACCACCUCCACCACUAGCUUCAAAAGGAGGCGGUGUAACUGCUCCAUCUCCACCACCUCCUAUAAAUAAACCACAUGCUCUAUCAAGGACAACUGCUGUGAAAAUUCAACCUGGAAAAAAGCUGAAGCCUUUACAUUGGUCAGAAAUAAAUAGAGUAGGACAAGGAAGCUUGUUGGCUGAAGCAGAAAAAUCUGGUGAAGCUGCAAAGGAACCAGGGAUUGAUAUGUCAGAACCUGAAACACUCUUCUUAGCAUCAAAUCCAAAUUCUGACAAGGCAUUAAAAGCAAAAUCCAAAGCAGCUAAUGAACCCGAAAAAGUACAACUGAUUGAGCAUAGGCGAGCAUUUUACUGUGAACUAAUGCUUUCAAAGGUGAAGACACCAUUGCCUGAAUUGAUGAAACAUGUCCUUAAGUUGGAUGAAUUAGCAAUGGAUGUUGAUCAGGUAGAUAAGCUUAUAAAGUUCUGUCCUACAAAGGAGGAGAUGGAACUACUUAAGGGCUAUCAAGGAGAAUAUGAAAUGUUGGGCAAAUGUGAACUGUUCUUUAUAGAGCUAAUGAGAAUUCCACGUGCAGAAGCUAAGCUCACAGCUUUCUCUUAUAAGUUACAUUUUAGUACACUGGUUACACAACUUAGGGAUAAGAUAAGCAUUGUAUAUUUAUCAGUAGAACAGCUUAUCAGUUCUAUAAAGUUGAGGAGAGUUAUGCAUACAAUUCUUUCUCUUGGAAAUGCUUUGAACCAGGGAACUACAAGAGGUGCUGCUGUUGGGUUCAGAUUGGACAGCCUCUUAAAACUUAAUGAAACGUAUGCCAGGAACAAUAAAAUGACUCUCAUGCAUUAUCUUUGUAAGGUCCUUGCAGACAAACUGCCUGAACUGCUAGACUUUUCCAAGGAACUUGGCAGCUUGGAGCCUGCGUCAAAGAUACAAUUAAAAAUCUUGGCAGAAGAGAUGGCACUGAUUAGAUAUGGACUAGAGAAAGUAGUCCAAGAAAAGAAAUUGUGUAAAAGAGAUGGACAUGUGUCUAAAAAAUUUCGGAAGUCUUUGAAAAAGUUUCUUGCUUCUGCGGAACAAGAGGUGAAGUCCUUGGCCUCACUUUUCUCUGGAGUGAGUAAAAGAGUGGAUGGUUUUAUUAUUUACUUUGGAGAAGACCCUAUGAAAUGUCCAUAUGAAAAAGUUGUUGAAACUUUGUUUAAGUUUGUGAGAAUGUUUAAUCAAGCCCGUGAUGAAAACUGCAAGCAAAUAGAGGCAGAGAAAAAGGUGGCACAAAAAGCAGCUGAACAAGAAAGAUUAAAGGCAGAAGGGAAAAAAAAGUCAAAAGUACAAAAUCAUUCAAAAAUGGAGUCAGAACUAAUAAGAAAUAAAACUCCUAUAGAAAGUGCCGAAUACCUUUUUUGCUUUUCCCCUUUCUCUGUAAUUAAAAAUUGGUGGAAAAAUAAAAGCGGCUUACUGGUUGCAACUUCCAGUGCAUGUGUUCCAGCCUUUUUUGAUGAAAAAAAUGGUAAUGAUCUGGUGUUGAUCGAGGAAGAAGAAGGGUUCCAACUGAUAGUGCUGGAGGAUCACCAGACUGAAGGUUAGUCUUCAGUCUUGAUUAUCAAACUUUUAUCAAGAACAUGAGAAGAUUUUAUUUUGAUUUUUUUCCCUUUAGUUUUAUGAUUAAUUUGAUGUAAUAGCGUUGCAGCUGAGACAGUAAGAUGUAGAAAAUUUUGUAAUAAUUUAGUGGGAUAGCAUCCUAGGUCUCACUGAGUUUGCAGAAAAUUAUAGUAUAGAUUACAGUUAAAUCUCUUAGAUUUUGUAAUUCUUUUAUGGAACAUGAGAUUUUGGAUGAUAAAUUACCACCACUGACAUUUUCAGAAAUUUGAGUUAUUUCAUUUUGCACGCAUUGUGUUAUCUAUGAAUCAGAGGCACAUGCGUACCUUUUUUUGGGCACUAGUUUUUACACGUUAUGUUAGUUUAUACACAUGAUGUGACAUCUGAGGGGCACA